AUGUUUAAGGGUUUAAGAACGCAGAGAACCAAAGAGAAGUUCGAGUUUCGGUUCCGCUUCCAUGCCACCAGGGUGCCUCUCACGGGGUUCGAGCAGCUGGUUGUGUCGCUCGUUCCCACCGACACCAACCGCUCCGACGUGCGCACGGACUCUGCUACUGUGCGUAACGGAAUCUGUCGAUGGACGGAAACGGUGACGGAAGUCGUCAAGUUCACGCGCAAUCCCAAAACGAGGACGUUCGAGGCCAAGGCGUACCGGUUCGCGGUGUCCUCGGCGGCGGGCGCGGUGCUGGGAGAGGCGUCGCUGAACCUGACGGAGUUCAUCGGGUACUCGCAGCUCGACCAGCGCGCGCUGCCGCUGCGAUCGUGCCCCUCCGGCUCCGUGCUUCAUCUGGAUUUAAGAAGCUUGCACUUUCUCCUCCUUGCUCUCUUGUCGCUACCGCCCCAUCUUCGUUACACGUCGGAACCCACGGCGACCUGCUUCCCCAUGGAUCCCAGAGACGGCGACGACUCCGCCGACAGCGUCGCCGACACCCAUGCGACGCCUGCGACAGCGUCGUCAGCGGCCGCUGGCGCCACCGCAGCAGGGGGAGUAGGGGGGGAGGGGAGGAAGAAGCGCUCGGGGGAGAAAGAAGGCAGCGCGCCGGUUGCUUCUUCCGCCAGUGCCGCUGCGGCCGCGACUAGCGCAAACGCUACUGGCGGAAGCGGCGGGGGGAGAGGCGGAACGGAGAAGGGGACAAGCGGUGAAGCCCCCACAGAAGUUAUUAAGCCCGGUGCGGAAGAUGCUGCGGCAGUCGCGGUAGGAAGGGAUGGCGCUGUGUCAGCGGUGGCGGUGGCGCCCGCGAUUGGCGGCGGAGGAGGAGCAGAUGGUAGUGGCGGCGUGGUGAUGCUGAGAAGCACGUCAAUGCAGCCGCCGCCGUCGCCUCGGCAGCCGCAAUCGCAGCCGCACGGGGAGCAACGCAGGGAGGACAGCGGGGAGAAGCGGAGGGAGCUGCUGGGGUGGGGCAGGGAGAGGAGCCAGGAGCAUAAGCGCGCGGGGCCUGAGCAGACGAGCAAGGAGCACGCGAAGCAACAGCAACAGGAGCAGCAGGGGCAGCAGCAGCAGCAGCAGCGAGGGGAUGGUAAUCACAGCGGCGGCAGCAAGGCGCCGUCGAGCUUCAUGUAUCGCUUUGGCAACGCGGCGGGCGCGAGAGGGGAAUCAAAGAGCUUCAGGGCACCGGCGGCAGCAGCGGUAGCAGCAGCAGGAAGCGAGCGGGCAGGGCUAGCGUCAGUGCUGCCGGCGGCAGGGGAAUUUGAGGAGGAUCAGGCGAAUGUGACGUGCACCACGGGCGGCGGGGGCUCAGGCCCCACGUCCAUGCUCAUGGCCGCUAUGCUCUUCCGCCGCUCCUCCUCCUCCGGCUCCGCCACUCACGCCCACCACGGCCUCGCCGGCGGCGCCGGGUCGUUGUCAGGCCGGCGUGCUGCCGUGUCGCCUGGAAGGUCCCGUGGCCUUGCGUCCCCCGCCGCUCAUGCCGGAGGAGCGGCUGGAGCGGCAGGAGUGGUUGGAGGGGCAGGAGGGGGAGGAGCGGCAGGAGGGGCAGGAGGGGGAGGUGGUGCUGCGGCGGCGGCGGCGCUGCUGACGUACUCGGGGGAGAUUCUGCGGCAGGAGGAGGCGUUCCGGAAGCAGGGCGCGCAGGACUGGCGCAGAGACGUGGCGAGCGGACCCAUGGAGGUGGGCGGAGGUGGGCGGUUCAUUCCCGGCGCGGGGUGGCUGUGGCCUAAAACAGGCGGCGAUGGCAAGGACAAGUACAGGGAGCCGCAGGGACCCGGUGGGUUCGGCGGAGGGGAGGCUGGAGGGGCGGCUGGAGGGGGCAUGGGAGGGGUAGUUAAAGGAAGCGGGGGAGAGAACGGCAGGGAGGGAGUGGGGGAGGGCGUGUGGCGGACGGGUUGGAGUGCGGGGAAGGCAGGGCAGAGGCCGGGCGCAUGGCAGGUGGCGGAACAGCAGGGGGGCGGCGGAGUGGCAGGGGAGAUGAAGCAGGUGGGGGCACAGGAGGCAGGGGAGCGGGAGGAACGGAACGAAAAGGCAGACGCUGCUGCUGCUGCUGCUGCUGCUGCUGCUGCUGCUGCUGCUGCUGCUGCUGCUGCCGCUGGUGACGCUGCUGCUGCUUACUCUGCGGAAGGUUACAUGUCUGAGGUCCCCGGAUAUCCCUAUCCCCACCCUGGCAUGGGGCAGUUUGGCGCGUUCGCUGACGGCUUUCCUGGUGGUCCCGGCGCGUUCCCCGCGGGGCACCCGCCAGGCGCAGCGGGGGAUGCGCUGGGCGGACUCGCGGGGUCCGGGAACCUUGGGAACUUCGCCGGGAUGGGAGGCAUGGGCGCAGGGGGCAUGGGUAUGGGCGCUGGCAUGGGCAUGGGUAGCAUGGGCAUGGGUUUGGGCAUGGGGAUGGGUAUGGGGAUGGGGUUGGCGGCGGGGGGAGGCGGGGGCGGGGGCGGCGCGUACACGAGCAGUGGCGACGCGGAGUCGGACCUGGCGGCUGCGGAAGCCGCCAUCGAGGAGCUGCAGCGCGACUGCACGCACUACCAGCACGCGGUGCGCAACCUGAUGCGCGAGGUGGAGGUGCUGCGCGCGCAGCUGGCGGAGACGAUGACGCAGGACCGCGCGGUGGAGGUCGCGAUGGAGGCGCUGCGCGAGGAGCGCGACAAGCUCGUCGCGGAGGUGAAGCUGCUGCGCCAGCUGGUCGUCGCGGGGGGCGCGGGGGAGAACGGGUGCCUGGGGAUGACCCCGCUCGACGGCCCCGCGGGAGGGGGAGGCGGAGGCGCGUUCGGAAGAGGCGCGGCGGGGUUGGGCGGCGGGAUGGUCGGGGGGCCCGGGGGACUGGGCGCGGUGGCGGCUGCUGCGGCGGGUGUGGUGGGCGUGGACGGGCGAGAGGCGCUUGCGUGCGUUCUAAGCGACCUGGCGUAUCACAAGGGGCUGACGGAGAGCCUGGAGGCGCAGGUGGAGGAGCUGUCGGGCGCGAACGAGGACUUGCUGCGCGCGCUGCAGCAGGCGGAGGGGGACGUGGGGAAGUACCGGCGGGACGCGGAGGAGCUGUUCGAGGUGAGCGAGCAGCGCGACCGGGAGCUGAAACGGCUGAUGCGGGAGAUGGAGCAGGGGCGGAGGGAGGGCGCGGCAGGGAGUGAUUGUGGGGCUGCCGGUGGGGCGAAAAGUGAGAAGGAAGUAGGUGGUGGAGAAGGAGGGUCAACGGCUGGUGAAACGGGAGGGAGUGGAGGAGGAGGGGGAGGAGAUGCGGGAGGAGGAGCAGCAGGGGCGGCGGCACUAGAAGGGGAGGUGAGGGCGCUCCAGGCGAAGCUAGCAGAGGUGGAGAGGGAGGCGCAGGAGCUGACAGCAGAGAGCCUGGAGCUGGCAGCCACGCUCACGCAGGCACAGCGAGAGGGCGAGGCUAAGGACGCUCGAAUGCGCCUGCUGGAAGCCAAGCUGGCGGCUCUUAGGGGAGAAAUGGCUGGGAGUGAUGCUGCUGAGGCGAUUGCCGCUGCUGAGGCUUCUGCUGCUGCUGCUGCGGCCGCGGCAGCUGAGGCUGAGGCUGCUGCUGCUGGGGUGAAGCGGAGGGAGGGCGGGAAGGAGGGAGAAGGGGAGGGUGUUGAGGGUGGGGUGGAGGGGGCGAAGGAGAGGAUUGAGGAGCUGGAGAGGGAGGUGGAGAGGUUGAAGGGGGAGUUGGAGGCGGCGGAGGAGGAAGGGAAGAGGGUGAAGGGGAGCCUGAGGAGGGCGGAGGAGGCGAUUGCAGAGGCUGCGCGCGCGGGGAUACUGGGUGGGGACCUGCAGGCGCGCAAUGCGCGGGUGAGGGAGCUGGAGGAGGAGGCGGAGGAGCUAAGGCGCGCAGCAGCCAUGGCUGCUGCUGCAGCGGCCGCAGCGGCGGCUGCUGCGGAAGGGGCUGCUGUGUCGGCAGCGGUGGGAGGUAAUGGUGAUAGCGAGGGGCGGGGAGGAGGUGGAGAGGGGGGAGGGGCGGGAGGUGGGCUGGGAAAGAGGCAGCAGGAGGAGGUGGAUUUGCUGCUGGCUGGAGUGCGCAAGGAGCUGGAGCAGCUGACGGUUGAAAAGGCAGAGGUGGAGAGGCAGCUAGCGAUGAGUGUGCGGCAGGUGAACGCCUGGCAGAGGCGGUGCGAGGAAGGCGAGGAGAGGAGGAGCGAGGUGGAGGAGAGGCUGAGGGAAGCUGUGGGGAGGAGGGAGAGGAGUGAGGAGAUGGUGGUGAAGUUGAGUGAGAGAGUGAGGGAGUUGGAAGAGAAGGUGGAGCAGGUGGAGACGGCGAGAGGGGCAGCAGAGGCUGCUGCUGCUGCGGCGUCGGUGGCGGCUGCAGUGGCUGCAGAGGAGGCGGCUGCGGCGGAGGAGAAGAGGCUGGAGGCUGUCGCUGCUGCUGCUGCUUGUGCGUCGGCUAAUGUUGCUGCUGCUGCUGCUGCUUCCACGCCUGCGCUGCCGUCGCCACGAGGGGGCCGGGGAGGAGGGGCCGGGCGGGGACGGGGAGGAGGAGGUGGUGGGGGAGGAGGAGGAGGGAGGGGUGCUGGUUCUCAUACCGGCGGUGGUGGUGGCGGCGGCGUCGCUGGUGGGAGACGGGCGGCGGAUUUCCGAGUGGAGGAGCUGGAGAUGCAGCUGUCAUCGCUGCGGGAGCUGCUGCAGGAGGCAACGAGCGUGAAGGUGAGAGCGGCGAGGGAGGCCGCGGCACGCGCUAAGGAGGUGGAGCAGCUGACGACCGAGGUGGUGGUGCUGCGGCAGCGAGCAGAGCGCGCCGAGCGGGAGCUUAAAGGCCUGGAGGAGGAGAAGGUGGGGCGCGAGGCGAAGAUAUCGGAGCUUGGACGGGAGGUUAUGGAGGCGAGGCUGAGAGUGAAGGGCGCGGAGGAGGAGGUGGGAAGGGCACGGGUGAUUGUGGGGGAGGCGGAGGGGAGAGUGGCGGAGGCAGAGGGGCGGUGUGCUGAGGCGGAGAAGGAGGCGCGGGAAGAGAGGGCUGCGACGGAGGCUGUGGUGGGGCGGGUGGCGCAUUUGGAGGUGGUGAUGGGGCGCAUGGAGGAGGAGAGGGCUAAGGCUGUGGCUGAGAUGGUGCAGGCGGUGAGAGAGAGGGAGGAGAUGGAGGGUAGGGUGAGGGAGAUGGAGGGGAGAGUGAGGGAGAUGGAAGGGAAAGUGAAGGAGAUGGAGGGGAAAGUGAAGGAGAUGGAGGAGCAAGUGAGAGAAAUGGAGGAGACAGUGAGUGUGAAGGAAGGGAGAGUGAGGGAGAUGCAGGGGAAAGUGAGGGAGAUGGAGGAGAUGGUGAGGGUGAAGGAAGAGACAGUGAGGGAGUUGGAGGGGAAGGUGAAGAGGUUGAGGGAGGAGAGUGAUGAGAGGGAGCGGAGAGUGGCGGGGUUGCAAGAGGAGGUGGGGAGGAAGGAGAAAGCAGUGGAGGAGACAGAGAAGAGAGUGAGGGAGGCAGCAGAGAGAGCGAGAGAGGCGGAGGAAAAAGGGGAGGAGCGAGCAGCAGCAUUGGAAGGGCUGGUGAGGGAGAAAGAGCAGAAAGUGCAGGAGACAGAAGAGAAAGUGGCAGUGCUGGAAGCAGAACUAGAAGAGGUGAAGGAAGAGGCGGACAGGGAGGUGGAGGAGAUGAAGGAGAUGGAAAGCCGGCUGUUUGAGCGGCUGGAGCUGCUGCUCUCGGAGAAAGAAGAGACACUGGCCCGGGCGGUGCGAGCGGAAGAGAUGCUGGAGAGCGAGAGAGCAGAGAAAGAGGCGGCGGUGGUGCGGCUGCAGGCAGAUCUGCUGAUGCUGAAGGAGCAGCUGGAGGUGGUGGCGCCGGCGGCGCUGCAGCAGCAGGAGCAGGACGAGCAGCAGAAGGCGGACCAACUGCAGCGGCUGCUGGAGCUGCAGGAGAAGCUGAGGCAGGCGGAGGUGAAGGUCCAGCAUGCUGAGGCCGGGUGGGCGGCCGAGGCCAAGGAGCUAGGCGGGAAGAUUGCAGGGCUGCAGGCGGAGAGGAAUGCGUGGAAGGCCAAGGAGAUUGGGUUACUGGCGGAGCUGGAGGUGGCGAAGCAGGAGACGGUGCGCGUGCAGGCGCUGGUGCAGGAGGUGCGGCGGGUGAGCGGGGAGAAGGCGGAGGUGGAGGCGCAGAUGCGGCAGCUGCAGUGCGUGAUUGAAGGGCUGGAGCGGGCGAAGGUUGCUCUGGAAGCGGAGAGGUCGGCUGCGCAGGCGCAGGCGGCGCUGCUGGGAGGGAAAGUGAAGGAGUGCGAAGGGCUCAAGGUGGAGUUGGCGCAGGUGAAGGCGGAGAAGGCAGGGGUGGAGGAGAGGCGGCUGGCACUGGUGGCGAAGCUGGGGAGGAUAGAGGAAGGUAUGGAGCAGGUGCAGGAGCUGAGGGUGAGGAACGCGGUUCUGAAGGGCGAGGUGGAGGUGAUGAGCUCAAGAGUGGGGGAUAUGGAGAUGCUGAGAGCGGAGAAGGAGAGUUUGGAGAGGCAGGUGAGUGAACUGCAGGCUCUCAUGUCGAGACGGCAGGCGGUAAGGGAUGUGGCGGAGGAGAGGGAAGUGGCUGUGGGUGGCGGUAGCGGUGGCGGUGGUGGUGGUAAUGGUAGCAAUGGUGGUAGGGCUGUUGUUAAUGAGAAGGAGAGUGGGAUGGAGGGGUUGAAAGAGCAGGAGACUAGGCAGCCUGGGUUGACAGCGACGGGUGGUGGUGAGAAGGUGACGUGUGGGAGCGUGGAAGAAGAAGAGGUGGUGCAUGUCAGAGAGAGCAGAGAGAGCAAUGGUGAGGCUUCUGAGGAAGAUGGCGAGAGGAGUGGAAAGGCGGAACGAGGGAAGAGACGAGAGAAGGCUCCUGCAGAGGAGUUGAAGAGCAGAGUGGAGCGCGGAGAAGGUAGUAGUAUGGUGAGUGGUGGUGAUGCUGAUGGAAAGAAACAGCAAGGAGGGGAGGAGGGGGGAGAAGUGGGAACGCAAGGACUGUCAGAUGCAGGAGCAGCUGACGGCAGUAGAUUGGGUGCGGACUCGGUUGAGCAGCAGCUGCAAGGGCAACAGCAGGAGACACCGCAGGAGCAGCAGCAUCAAGUGCAGCAAGUACAGGAGGACGGGGUUGCUGCUGCUGUAUUGGAUCACAAAGGUGAAGAGAAAGCAGGGACCGAGCAGGGGAGGCAAGAGGAGCAAGCGGUGGGUGAACCAGUGAUGGGGCAGUCAGAUGCCGAGGUUACCACGGAAGAAGGAAAAGCAUGUGAUGGUGGUGAGUCGGGGGCAGUCACAGCAGCACACGCGGGUGUUAGUGAGAGCACAGCAACCGCGGGUGAUGGUGGUGGUGGUGGUGAGGUGGGGGUGGUUGUGGCACCGGGCAAGGUGAUGGUGGACGGGGUGGCUGUUGAUGCCAAGGCCGCUGAGAUGCGCAAGCGGAUUGCAGAGCUGGAAGGAGAGCUGCAUAAGGAGAGGCAGAGAGCCGUUGCCGCUGCUGUGAGCAGCAGCAAUAGCAACAGUGGUGAUGCUGUUGAUCCAGCAGGCGAAGGGGGAGCAGCAACCGCCAGUGGGCAGCCGCAACCUCAAGCUGCUGUUGAUGAGGAGACGGUAAGGAGUGGAAGCGCCAAGCCCGAAUGUAAAGCCUCAGCAGCAGGUGCUGCGGCAACUGUGGCUGCGGCGAGAGGUGGAGGUGGAGGUGGAGGUGGGGUCAGCAUGAGCAGGAGCUCCAGCACAGCUUCAAGCAACGGCAGCACCAGUAGUGCUGGGGUUGUUGCCACCCGGCGAAAGGUUGUGAGGGAUCCAUCAGACUCCCAUGGUCCAGGCCGAAAGGUGGUGAUUCGGAGGGUGGUGUCAUCCAGUGAUGCAUCAUCUGCUUCUGCCAAGGCAUCUGCUGGCAGUGCAGCAGAGCACAAGGAGUCCGGAGCAAGCAGUGUGACUGGAGCCACCAAGCCCAGAGGCCGUCUUGUUCAACAGUCUGUAUCGUCACCGGCUGACAACGGAGCAGAUCAGCCCACGACCACAAGCACACCGACAGGGAAGGAUUACGCGAUGGCGGAGAGUAAGCCGGCUCGGGCUAAGACCUCGGGCGCCAUAAACUCCGCUCCUGCGUCCGAGAGCGAUAGCAAGCAGCCAGUCACAUCGAGGCUCGGGCACCUGAAGCUCGGUUACCACUACUGCGUGACGCACGGCGGCACGCUUCUCCUGAUUCCGCUGCUCGCGUUCCUGGCAGUGCAGGCGAAGCGGCAUGUGACGCCGGACGAUAUCAUCCAACUGGCGCAGCAUCUUGUCGAUACGCAUCUGGUGGAGGUGGUGGUUGGCGCAUUCCUCCUGCUCAUCGUCGGCAUUGUCUACUUCCUCACGCGCCCCACCCCCGUGUACCUCCUCGACUUCAACUGCUACCGGCCCCCCGACUCGUUCACCGUCACCAUCCGCAACGCGCUCACCAUCGCGCGCUCCUGCGGCUUCCUCGACGAAACCGCGCUCGCGUUCCAAACCAAGGUGUUCGACCGAUCCGGGCUCGGCGACCGAACCUGCCUGCCGGCAUGCCUCCUCACCAUUCCGCCGACGCCGAGCCUGGCGGAGGCUCGGAAGGAAUUCCAGAUCGUGAUCUUCGACAUUCUGGAAGACCUCUUUGCCAAGACCAAGGUGAACCCCAAGGACGUGGGCGUGCUGGUGGUGAAUUGCAGCCUCUUCUGCCCGACGCCGUCGCUCGCCUCCAUGAUCGUGAACAAGUUCAAGUUCCGUACCGACAUUCAGUCGUUCAACCUGGGCGGCAUGGGAUGCAGCGCGGGUCUCAUCGCCAUCAAGCUCGCGCGCGACCAGCUCCAGGUGCAAAAGAACACUUACGCAGUUGUCGUGUCGACGGAGAACAUCACGCAGAAUCUUUAUCUCGGGCAGCGCAAAUCCAUGAUGGUGGCUAACUGCCUCUUCCGCAUGGGCGGCGCCGUGAUGCUGCUGACCAAUAAGCCCUCGGAGCGCCGGCGCGCCAAGUACCAGCUGCAGCACGUGGUGCGCACGCACCUGGGAGCGGACGACGCGGCGUACCGGUGCGUGUACCAGGAGGAGGACGACGGGGGGAUCGUGGGCGUGUCGCUGUCGCGCGAUCUGAUGAACACCGCCAGCACCGGGCUCAAGACCAACAUCACGACGCUCGGACCGCGCGUGCUGCCGCUGUCGGAGCAGCUGCUGUUCCUCGGGAACCUAAUCGCGCGCAAGGUGCUGCGGAUGAAGAUCAAGCCGUACCUGCCGGAUCUCAAGCUCGCGUUCGAGCACUUCUGCAUCCACGCGGGCGGCCGCGCCGUGCUGGACGAACUCGAGAAGGGCCUCGGGCUCACGCCGUACUUGGUGGAGGCGUCGCGCAUGGCGCUGUACCGCUUCGGAAACACGUCAUCGUCGACGCUCUGGUACGAGCUGUCGUACCUCGAGGCGCAGGGGCGCAUCCGGCGCGGCGACCGCGUGUGGCAGGUCGGGUUCGGUUCCGGGUUUAAGUGCCAGAGCGCGGUUUGGAAGGCGCUGCGUACGCUCGACCCGGCGAAGAACCAGGGCCCAUGGUGGGAGGAGGAAACGUCUACCGACGCCGCGCCGGCGCGCACUAAGUCGUCCUACGUGCCUGUUGAGGAGAUGAAGGUGGAAAAGGUAGAUUUGAGCCGCAUCCAUCCCAGCCAGGUUGCGGCCGUGAACGCAACUGCUGCUGCUGCUGCCGCUGCUGCUGCCGCCGCUGCAGCUGCUGCUGCUGUUUCUGAUGCUCCUGCUGAUUCCGCACCUGCUGCUCCGGCUCCGGCAACGGUCACCGCAUAA